CUUAGAUUAUAUGUAUAUAGACAAAGGCAGUUGAGUCAGUUGGCUGAAAGGAGAACAAAGUUUGACGAAGGGAUGGGCGUUCGUUUAUUCCUCUCGGCCGUUCUGGUCUCUGUGGUGUUGUUCGCCACUGCAGAUUCGUGCAAUGUGACACUGAUAGCAAGAGGAUCACCAUCCAACCUAACCUCUCCAGGAUAUCCCUACAAGAACUAUCCGAGUAAUCUGGACUGCUGGUGGAGGAUCGACGCCAGUAACAAAGACAGCAGCAUCUUCGUGAAGGUUCUGGAUUCUGUCAUAGAAACAUCGAAAGCUUGCGUUUAUGAUAGUCUGUCCUUUUACGAUGGACCAAACUCUACAGACCGCUCUCUUGGGCGACUUUGUGGAAACGGACGUACUACGUUUAUAAGCACCGGAAGUUCCAUCUAUAUCUUGUUCAAGACUGACGGCGAUCACGAGUUAAAGGGCUUCAAUCUGGAGUUUUAUGAAUCAACAAAAUGUGGAGGGGAUUUGAUUGCAACACCUGACAAAACGACGUUUCAAUCACCUGGCUACCCUAAUCAGUACUUUAAAAAUAUGAAUUGCUCCUGGUUCCUUACUGCGAAGGACCCAAAUGACACAAUAGUUGUGCAAUUCGACCACAUGGACGUGCAGUCGUCAAGCGGAUGUGUCGACGAUUCUGUGACUGUAUAUAAUGAUCACCAAGGCGAUGGGAACCAGUUCCUCGGUACGUUCUGCGGAUAUUCUACACCUCGCUUCCAAAGUUCUAAAACCAAAUUACGGAUAGAUUUCAAGACUCAUGGCUCUCAAGUUGGAAGCGGCUUUACAUUCCAUUACAGGACGGUUGAAGCUGGUGUCUGCAAUCUGACAAUGGUUUCCGACGUCAACCCAUUGUACAUCGUAUCCCCAGGAUACCCGGAUGCAUAUGAAAAUGACUUGCAAUGUGUGUGGCAGAUUUACUCAGUACACAUUCGAAGAAAUGUUGAAAUUGACGUGAUCGAUUCAUACAUUGAGGGUGACUACCCACAGUGUGACAAUGAUUCCUUAACAAUAUACUCAGGUUUGUCCCAGAAGGCCACGAAGCUAGGAACGGUUUGUGGCAAUAAGACACAAACGUACACAUCGGCAGGCAUUGGCAUGGCGGUUGAAUUUAAGACGGAUGAUGCGGUUGUAAACAAGGGCUUCCGAAUCAGAUACAGUCAGACACUCGAUGCUCCAGCUAUUCCAACGUCCCUUCAAUGCGGCACCGGUACUCUGACAGCCCACUUAUCUCCCAACUUCAUUCAGUCACCAAGAUACCCCCUUAAUUAUCGAGACAAUUCCCUAUGCAUUUGGACAUUGACGACAGUCCUGGCAAACUACAUGAUCAGACUAGAGGCAGUAGAUUCCCAAAUGGAGAGUGAAGUCGGGUGUGCCUAUGAUUCCGUUACAGUUUACGAUGGUGUUGGAAGCAGCACUUCGAUGAUGUUGAAAAGGUGGUGUGGUAACACGCAACCGACAGUUCAGAGUAGUGGCCAGUCAAUGACAGUGGUGUUCAAAAGCGACAAUUCAGUUACUGGGAAAGGCUUCCGGCUCAAGUACACUGCAACAUCAGCUCCCCUGACCUGUGGAAGUCACCUGAUCGCUUCUGGGUCGACCCAGUACUUAACAUCACCUGGAUAUCCAGAGAAUUAUCCGAUAAAUAAGGACUGUGUGUGGACCAUCACCACAAAUUUGAGAAACAUCAAGAUUGGUGUCAUCGAUUUCCACCUUGAGGGUUCCACUAAUUGCAAAUAUGACUACCUCACACUUACUGCUGGUCGCAGCACGGAUUCCUUUCCACUUCAGAAGUUGUGUGGAUCUCACACAAGCAGCUACAUCACCACAGGUCCCACUGUUACCAUUAAGUUCCAUUCAGACGCCUCGAACACGGGUCAAGGCUUCCGCCUCUCUUAUACGGCCGGAUCGUUCAUUUCUACGUCAUGUGGUGGGCAACUGACUGCUCUUUACACGGAUCAGGUGUUAACGUCCCCUGGGUUCCCUACGGCUUACCAAAACAACUUAGACUGUGUAUGGACCAUCACCACGGAUCUUUCACGGAUAAAGAUUAGUGUUACUUCCCUGAACAUGGAGUCCAGCAGCAACUGCGGUUAUGACUUCCUCAAAGUUUUCGAUGGGUCCAGCAUAUAUUCCUCUACACUUGGGACAUUGUGCGGGUCCCAGACUUCAACCUACUACAGUUCGAGUUCAACUGCCGCCAUUAAGUUCCACACUGACGGCUCUAACACGGGAAGAGGGUUCCGACUCACUUACGCGGGGGUAAUGACGAGCCAGUGUGGUGACAGAAGUCUCGUGGCCGAUACGUCAACUGGCUACCUGACGUCACCAAAUUACCCCGCAGAUUACUCAAACAAUAUGGACUGCACGUGGACCAUCACCACAUCCCUAACAAACAUCAAGAUUCAUGUCCUUAACACCCACUUGGAGUCCAACACUGGCUGUACUUAUGAUUACGUGAAAGUUUAUGAUGGGUCAACAACGUAUGCCACCGUACUUGGGACAUUCUGCGGAACCGUUACCCAUAACUAUGUCAGUUCGGGUACAAGCGUCAGCAUCAAGUUCCACUCAGAUACUUCAAACACAUUUCGAGGCUUCCGACUCGCUUACACAGCGGGAACUUUCGUCCAAUGUGGUGAUAACAAUCUUGUAGCCAACUCGGUGGGCAGCUACAUACAGUCACCUAACUAUCCUCUUGAUUAUCCAAAUAACGCUGACUGUUCCUGGACAAUUGACACUCAAGACUCCGAUUUCAUCGUCUCCCUUGACGUCAUCUCCUCGGAUCUAGAGGAUAAUAGCGGUUGUACAUACGACUACUAUGAGAUAUAUGAUGGAGUGGAUGACUCAUACUCCUCACUUGGACGAUAUUGCGGCAGCAGUGUCCCUUUAAAGUACAGCACCGGACAAUUCAUGUUCAUCAAGUUCAAAUCCGAUGGUUCCAAUGUUUUUACAGGGUUUCAGAUGUUGUACACAUCCAUGUUGAAGGACACUGUUCCAGAUAUUCCAGAUCCAGUUUUCCCCAACUUCAACACUGACACCGACGACUAUGAUUAUGAUACUGGGCCCAUUGCCGGGGGGACCGUCGGUGGAAUCUUCUUCGUUAUUUUCCUAAUUGCAGUGGUUGUAGGUGCCAACAGGAGACGAAAUCGUCCAUUCGUCUCAAUGGCAACUCCCACACAUACAUCCGCCCAAAUGACAAAGUGGUAACUUCUAUCCCAAGCCCAAAGAGCCAUCUCCAAUCCCAGAACAACAUUUCCCAACUUUAUAUAUUGAUAACGUUAUAUAUUGAUAACGUUAUAAUCAUGUACAUGUUAGUACAUGCUUUGCUGACACAGUUGCAAAUCUUUUGAAGAAUAAAGUAGAAAAAUUCAGAGAAAAGUGUUUGUUUCUUAACAUAUGUUUAUGUAGAUGACUUUAUCUCUCAAUUGUAACAACGAGGACGCCCUGAGAUGCCCUCGAACUAUGGUUUUUGCGCAGGUUGGUGACUCAUUAAAAUCGUCAAAAAUAUUAAGCACAUUAUAAUUAUCUAUCGCCUUCAUUUUCCGUCUUGAUUGUUGCAACUUUACACUCUCUAACAUCCAUUCCAUUUCAUUUGUGCAGUUACGCCAAUCAUAUUUUCAACCAAAAAAACCAGUUUCUCCCGUGCAGCUUAAUGCGCUUGAUGGCAUACAAAAUUUAAAAUAUAAUUCUACAUUUUAUUUCGUAUAUAUCGGUAUCAUAUGUCAUUGUUUCAAUAAUGCAGCAAAAUGUCAAAUUACAUCUACACGCUACAUGUACUCAGGAUCAUCCACAUUUGAGUAGGUUCAAUUUACAUUCCAUGAACAAAUACUAUGUUCAUCAUCGCCAUUUGAUAAUGUUUCAUAAACACAUCCUUGUGACAUGGUACAAUGGAAUAUUUUAUGAAAGAGACACUGGAAUACACAUGUACACAUGCCCUCUGUUUCAGUUGUAUGAAUAACUUACAUUUGACAAUUGAUGGUAUUGAUGGCGUACUGAUCACCCAAUAGCUGAAUGUGCUUUUGGCGGUGCAUAGUAUAUGAUCAACGGGCAGUUCAUAGAUUGUUGGUAACAAAUCACGUUAUAAUGCAUCACGUGUCCGUAUCAGUCCCUUUCGGAAUUCUUAGAUUAUAUGUAUAUUGACAUUGGUCAAUUGUCUCCGACCGAAACAUGAGACUUCGUGUAUUCAUCUCGGUUGUGCUAGCUAUAGUCUCUGUGGUGCUGUUCGCUAAACCAACAUUAGCCCACUCAUAACCUCAUGAAUAGGUAACCAUAUAACAAUGUACAUGUUAGUUCUGGCUAACAAAUUUGAAUAUCGGAGCAAAUCCAAAGCAGAAUAAAGCGGAGAAGUUCGGAGAGGAUUAUUUGUUUAUUUACAUAUGUUAAUUCAGUUUACUUCAUCUCCAAGUUGCGACAAUGAGAUCGCCAUAUGAACGGAGGAAUACCAUCGAACUAUGAUCUUUGCGCAGGUUGAUGAUUUGUUUGACCGUACUAUAUUAUAUGUAUCCAUUUCGCGGACAUGUGCAAUCCAUUGUAAUCAAGAAUAAAUUACCUGUGUGCAUUCAA